UCAUUUUAUCUCCUUUAAUUUAAAGCUCCCUUCAAACUUCUCUCUUAAACUUACAAAAAUGGCAGAAACCCAAAUAGAAAUAAUACAAAAUCCCCAUAUAGCCCUUUUACCAACUCCUGGUAUGGGUCAUUUAAUCUCUCUGGUCGAAUUCGCCAAGCAGCUCAUCCAAAAACACCGUUUUACCGUUACUCUUAUCCUUCCUACUGACGGACCGAUUUCCAAAUCCAUAAAUAAAUUCCUCGAAACCCUACCUUCUAAAACCCUAAAUUACCUCCUUCUCCCUCCCGUUAACUUUGACGAUUUACCUGACGACGUUAAAAUCGAGACGCGUAUAUCCCUAACCGUUACACGUUCUCUCCCUUCUUUUCGCGACGUUUUUAAGUCGUUAGUUGAAACAGAGAAAGUUGUUGCUUUAGUUGUCGAUCUUUUUGGGACUGACGCAUUUGACGUAGCGAAAGAAUUUAAUGUCUCUAGUUAUAUUUUUUACCCUACUACUGCUAUGUGUUUGUCAUUGUUUCUUUAUUUGCCUGUUCUUGAUGCUACUACUGAUGAGUUAUGUGAGUAUAGGGACUUGAAAGAACGAGUUAGGAUUCCGGGUUGUAAUCCUAUUGACCCGGAGGAACUUCUUGACCCGGUUCAGGACAGGAAAAAUGAUGCAUAUAAAUGGGUUCUUCAUCAUACUAAGAGGUAUAAAAUGGCUGAAGGAAUAGUUGUGAAUAGUUUUGAGGACUUGGAACCAGGAGCUAUUAAUGCUUUGCAUGAGGAAGAACCAGGGAAGCCACCGGUUUACGCGGUCGGGCCGCUUAUACAUACAGAUGAUCAGAGCAGCAAAGCUGAGGGAAUGGAGUGUUUGACGUGGCUAGAUGAGCAGCCAUGUAACUCUGUCUUGUACAUUUCCUUUGGUAGUGGUGGGACACUCUCAUAUGAGCAGCUAGUUGAACUUGCAAUGGGUUUAGAAAUGAGUGAGCAAAGAUUUUUAUGGGUUAUUAGAUGCCCAAAUGACACAAUUGCAAAUGCUACUUACUUCAAUGUCCACAGUUCAAGUAAUGACCCUCUUGAUUUUUUACCACAAGGGAUCUUGGAAAGGACCAAAGGGCAAGGGUUGGUAGUACCUAAUUGGGCCCCACAAGCACAAAUCCUUAGUCAUGGAUCGAUCGAUGGGUUCUUGACUCACUGUGGAUGGAACUCGACGUUGGAGAGCGUGGUCCAUGGGGUCCCGCUUAUUGCUUGGCCAUUAUACGCGGAACAAAGAAUGAACGCAGUAAUGUUAACUGAGGAUCUUAAAGUGGCGUUGAGGCCGAAAUUUGGCGAGAAUGGCUUAGUGAGGAGAAAGGAAAUUGCUGAAAUUGUGAAAGGAUUGAUGGAAGGUGAAGAUGCAAAAGGAGUGCGCAGCAGAAUGAUAGAUUUAAAAGAUGCAGCGGCUAAAGUUCUUGGUGAUGAUGGUUCUUUCGCAAAAGUACUCACAGAAUUGGCUUCCAAAAUGAGCAAAGGCUUACGAAAUUAAUUAUCUCUCCUGGUUUUAUUUUAUGUAAUUUGUCCUUUUAGAUUGUUUUAAGAAGAAUGACAUAUUAUUAUCUUUGAAAAAUCUUUAAUUUAAGGUUCAUUUGACCUU